AUUUUUGACUUAGGAUAACGUAAAAUUAGGACGGGCAAAAUUUAUCCAUUCACCGUUGUCUUUUUAUAAUAAGUCGAGAUUAUUUUAUGAUCGUUAAUUGCCGAACAUUGUUAGUGCAGUGUAAUAACAGAAAUAAAAUAUUCUUGUCCAAGUGCUUUAUAUUUGCUUCAAGAAUGGCUUCAAGCGCUCGUUUCCAACUUUUUGUCAAAGCCGGACAUGAUGGAAAGUGUGUAGGCGACUGCCCAUUUUCACAACGAGCAAACAUGUACGUACACUUAACAUUAAAAGACAGUGAUUUUGAGAUCACCCCUAUCAACACUAUUGAUAAACCUGAGUUUUACCUUAAAAUAAAUCCCGAAGGCAAAGUUCCUGUUCUAAUAGAUCGUCAGGCGGGAAACAAGAUAGUGCCGGAUUCAGCUGAAAUUACCAAGUAUCUUAACGAAGUUUAUCCUAAACCGGAACUACAGCAAGGAUACUCUGGGCCAGGUGACGCAUGCGCGGCGGGAAUUUUCCCCAAAUUUGCCGCCAUGAUGAAAAACAAAGAUGUAUCAAAAGAUGCGGAGUUGAAACAAGCUCUGCUGGACGAACUUAAGAAACUAAAUGAUUAUCUUGUAGCUAAGAACUGUUCUGGAAACUUUCUUUUAUGUGACAAUCUGUGCGAGUUAGACUGUCAAGUUCUCCCAAAGCUUCGUCAUGUUCAAGUAGCUGGCGGUCAUUUUAAGAAUUUUAAAAUCCCAGAGGAAUACACCGCCUUACAUGAGUAUAUCAAGAGAGGAGAGUCAAGUGAUAUAUUUAAAAGCACGUGCGCAGCUGAUGAAGAAUUCAUUUGGGGCUGGAGUAAAUUCUUUUCAUAAAAUUUAGGAGUCGCAUUUGGGGGGAAUUCUCUAUCGUUUCCUCUUGGUGUAUUUAACACAUUUUCAUUCAUGGAACUAAAAGGGAGCAUGUUUAUUUCACGAAUAUAUAUAGGACCUUCGUUUAUUAGUUCUUGUUUAUACUACAUACAUGUUUUUCAUUUUGCUCAAACGAAAAAAAAUCUAAGAAUGGUUGAACUAAUACGUGCUAAAUACGUGAUAAAUAACUUCUAGUUGAAUUUAUCUUGAUAUGUAUCCUCUUUUAUGUUAACAUAUUAUUUUAUUUUUUAUGAAGAUGUUGGUCUUUAAUUUGACGUCUUCAUAAAAAAAAUGAAGCAUUAAAUUGCAACUGUAUAUUAAUAUAAUUGGUUUCCGGUUUCAUACAAAGGAGCUAAGACUUAAAACUGUUUAAAUUUUGAUAGUUGAUUAGCAUAUUAUAUUCCAUAGACCAUUUACUUAUUCAUACACUAAGCUAGAAUAUUUCAAUUAUAAACGGUACACAUGCACACAGACCAGUAGUAACUUUUAAAAAACUGAUCAUUGGAAAUCGAUUAUGUUAUAUUGAAAUAAGUUUUUAAACGGAAUGUCUGUGUGUGUGUUAUACUUAUUGACUUGUUUGCGCAUGCCAAUAAAAACUAACUGUAUAACUUUGACUGAUAACAAAUGCUAUAUGCACCGUUUAAUCAUUUAUCUAUUUAUGCUAACAUACUUUGUAGUUAGGAUACGCCUCUGAAUGGUAGGUUAAAUAUUUUUCAUAUUUAUACUGUGACAAUGUACGAUAUGGGUUUAAACUCGGAUUUAUUAUUUCAUAUGUAUACAAUAAAUGUAUAAUAAAUAUAGAAUAUUA